AAGCAAAGUUAAGGUGGGCCUCCGGCAAGAUUUUUGUCCGGUGACAAGCAGGGAAAGUCUUGGGGAUUUUUUUUUUCUGCUUUGGAGGCCCAGGUUCAAGACAAAUUAAAGUGGGAAACCAAUUGGAAGGAAAGACAUUUGAACCGAGUUCAGGUGCCAGGUCCUGGGAGAGAAGACCAGCCCUGUUUGAAGUCUGCAUCCACCGCUGACCAACUUGGGGGCCUGGGUUAAGGGAAGGGGGUACAGCCAGCGCAGGUGGGAGAGAAACCGAUACUGCCCCGAACAGGCCAUCAGAGAGAGCAAAAAUGAUGGAGGGCACUAGCUGUGCCCUGGGUAUUUUUAAUUGGUGAAAGCCUUUACAUGAUUUCUUCUAGCCUCACCACCAGCAGCAGAGCGGUGUCUUUGAUUGAUUAGGGGGACUUUCUGCGGAGGCCCGCAAUGAAGUUUCUCUACUUCUAAUCAAGCGAAGGGGGAACCCACUAUGCCUCCAAUCAGCCUCCUCUCCUGGUCCCUUGCUGCUGGGCGUAAAACGAUGCUCACCAAUCCCACCUAAACCAGGAGGCAAGGAGCCCAGGCUUUUGUGCACACAGGAGCUGUCACUGGCCUCCUUUUCUGCCCCCAAGACAAGAGAGGACUCUUGGAAGCCGAGAAGGGUUGCAGAAGUCUUUCUGGACUGAGCCGAGCGUGGUGAGGAGCAAAGGCCCCUGGCGGCCGGCGGGAGGCGGGAGGGGGGUGCCAAGGGCCACCAUGGGCCUGCUCAAGGGCCUCCUCCGGGCAAGGAACCUGCUGCUCGUCAUCUUCGUGCCGCUCCUGCUGCUGCCGCUGCCCGUGCUCCACCCCAGCAGCGAGGCUGCGUGUGCUUACGUGUUGAUCGUGACUGCUGUGUACUGGGUGUCCGAGGCCGUGCCUCUGGGAGCUGCAGCCCUGGUGCCUGCCUUCCUGUACCCAUUCUUCGGAGUCCUCCGAUCCAGCGAGGUGGCCGCCGAGUACUUCAAGAACACCACGCUGCUGCUGGUGGGCGUCAUCUGCGUGGCGGCUGCCGUGGAGAAGUGGAACCUGCAUAAACGCAUUGCUCUGCGCAUGGUCAUGAUGGCCGGAGCCAAGCCGGGCAUGCUGCUGCUCUGUUUCAUGUGCUGCACCACGCUGCUCUCCAUGUGGCUCUCCAACACGUCCACCACCGCCAUGGUGAUGCCCAUCGUGGAGGCCGUGCUGCAGGAGCUGGUCAGUGCCGAGGACGAGCAGCUCGUGGCUGGCAACUCCAGCGCCGAAGAGGCCGAGCCCAUCAGUCUGGAGGUAAACAACAGCCAGCCCUCUCUGGAGCUCAUCUUUGUCAAUGAAGACACAUCGACUGCAGACUUCACCUCUCUGAUGCAGAACAAGAACGUGAAUGGUGUGCCCACGGUCACCAGCCCAGUCAAAACAGCAAAUCCCCAGGGCAAGAAGCAACGCCGGUCCCAGGAAAAGCCGCUGGUCCUGAUCCCUGGCCCCAGGAACCAGGAGCUCAACAGAAAGUACAAGUCCCAGCAUGACCAGAUGGUCUGCAAGUGCCUCUCUCUGAGCAUAUCCUAUGCCGCUACCAUUGGGGGCCUGACCACCAUCAUUGGCACAUCCACCAGCCUGAUUUUCUUGGAACACUUCAACAACCAGUACCCCGCUGCAGAGGUGGUCAACUUCGGCACCUGGUUCCUCUUCAGCUUCCCCAUCUCCCUCCUCAUGCUGGUGGUCAGCUGGUUCUGGAUGCACUGGCUGUUCCUGGGCUGCAAUUUUAGAGAGACCUGCUCCCUGAGCAAGAAGAAGAAGACCAAAAGGGAAGAGGUGUCAGAGAAGAGAAUCCAAGAGGAAUAUGAAAAGCUGGGAGCCAUUAGCUACCCUGAAAUGGUAACUGGAUUUUUCUUCAUCCUGAUGACCGUGCUGUGGUUCACCCGGGAGCCUGGCUUUGUUCCUGGAUGGGAUUCUUUCUUUGAAAAGAAGGGCUACCGCACCGAUGCUACGGUCUCUGUGUUCCUCGGCUUCCUCCUCUUCCUGAUCCCAGCAAAGAAGCCCUGCUUUGGGAAGAAGAGUGACGGGCAGAACCAGGAGCCCUCACUGGGGACAGAGCCCAUCAUCACAUGGAAGGACUUCCAGAAGACCAUGCCCUGGGAGAUUGUCAUUCUGGUGGGGGGAGGCUAUGCCCUGGCUUCUGGCAGCAAGAGCUCUGGCCUCUCCACGUGGAUUGGGCACCAGAUGUUGUCUCUGAGUGGCCUCCCACCAUGGGCUGUCACCCUGUUGGCAUGCAUCCUGGUGUCCAUUGUCACCGAGUUUGUGAGCAACCCAGCCACCAUCACCAUCUUCCUGCCCAUCCUAUGCAGCCUGUCUGAAACGCUGCACAUUAAUCCACUCUACACUCUGAUCCCAGUCACCAUGUGCAUCUCCUUUGCAGUGAUGCUGCCCGUUGGCAAUCCCCCCAACGCCAUCGUCUUCAGCUACGGGCACUGCCAGAUCAAAGACAUGGUGAAAGCUGGUCUGGGGGUCAAUGUCAUUGGCUUGGUGAUCGUCAUGGUAGCCAUCAACACAUGGGGAGUUAGCCUCUUCCACUUGGACACUUUUCCAGCCUGGGCGAAGGUCAGUAACAUCACUGAUCGGGCCUAAUGUGAGUGGGCAAACGGUCCAACCGAAGGAGCUGCCAGCACCUAAUAGAA